AUGGCUAAAACGGUGCGAAAACGCACUCCGCGCGCAACUUCAACUGUGGGCGGGAAAGCUGACAACAGCAGAGCCAACAAGAAAGACGAUGCUAGUGACACACUUGACUAUUGCAGCAAUCAAAGCACCUUAGAUUGUGCUGAGGUGCCUGCCAUACAGCAAUUCCAGGAUUUGAUAGACAUGCAGAAGGAAGACUUCGAAAAUAUUCGUGUAGGGCUGUCUCAACAAAACCUGCAGUUAGCGCGUUCCAACAGUGGACUCAUGGUCAAAAUCCGUGAAAUGGAUACAUCUGUGAGUGAGCUGAUACAGGAGAAUGUCGGAUUGCGUUCAAAGUUAUCUAUGAAAGACAGUCAACUUAAGCAACGGCUCGAGGAAACGAUAUCGACCUUAGAAAGAGGAGUUUUUCAGCGAAUGGAUGAAAUUCUACACAUGUUUGCAUCUGUACGUCAGCGUGAAGGUAUUGAGGCUCCGGCAGAAUCGCUACUACACCGAUCUGCGCCUUUCAACGAGCCGCGAUCAAUACUGAAGCGAAAUAGGUCAUCACACCCUAGGUCAGCUGAAACCUCUCACAUAGGUCACCGGUCCUCGGUCGCCACUAUUGCAUUCAAUGAGCUCCAGAAUGAGGUGUUUUCACCGGAACACAACUCUCCCACAAAAUCGGCGUCGGAACCUAGACUAAGCCCAGCUCCCAAAAAGCGCCGCAAAAGUUCCCGGAGAGAAUCUCUCUUUCACCCUUCAGAUUUCGAGUUCUCAGAUAACUCUGAUCACGAGGAGAGUUCAGCAAAAGCGCCUGAGCCUACUGCAUAUAUUGGUACUACAGCACCACCUCUCGGGUACCAUGGUUCGUCUAAUCAAAAUGAGGUUGAUGUGCCGACAGAAGCCGACACUUUCAUGAGUGCUACACCGCCAGAGCCUAUUGAAGAUGUCUGCAACUUUACAAACUCGCUAAUAGAAUAUUCCAUACCUGAAGAAAUUCCUGAAAGAGCUGUCGAAAAUUCUAUUGUGUCCGACACCUCCUCUAAAUUACCUGUCUACCAUGAUAGCGUUCAAGAUACUCAAACCGAAACCACGCACAUAUUACCAGAUUCCCUACAAAACAGCAUAGAAAGGGCACAUGUGGCCAAUCCUGAUUCCCAUAAAUCUUCAUUCAAAAGUUCAAUGUCUUCGCAAGAAAAAGUGAAACAUUCUAUGAGAUCCCGUGGCUCUCAAAAGAAGAUGAUUGACGAAGUUAUGCCCACCUCAACAUGUGGGUCGACCAGCGAGCUUUCCGAUACCUCAAGGACAAGGAGAACCCGUGGGAAGGCCAUCAACUACGCACAGCCUUCCUUAAGAGCCAAAAUGAGAAGACCUACGGAAAAACUAGUAGACGCAACGACUGUAACAAAUUUUCGUGAUAUGCAAGUCGAAGGUAAUCGUCGUAAGUCCCGUUCUGGGUCAAGAGAUGGCACACCUUUUAUCGAAGAUAGCACCAAGAGAGAUAGCGCCAUACCAGCCUCCCACGAGACCACUGAAUCAGAGAACAAGAACACGGAGAAAAAGAAUGAUCCUGAACCGCAGAAAUUAGCAAACCCUGCUAAAAUUGAUAUGAAUCCCCCUACAAUACCCAAAUUAAAUCCAUUAAAAGAUAUUACGAAUAAUGCGCCAGCAAAAUCAUCCAUGAAAACCAAAAAACUGUUUAGGAAGGCAAUAGUUGGCGACUUGGGAAGCGAGAACUCCUGCAGCUUAGAAGAUAGUUCUGGGAAUCGUAGCACAAGCUUCAGGGUCAAUGAAGAAGACCUUUCUGUAUUCGAUCUCUUAGACGAUCUAAAGACGAGUUCCGCUCCCAGAACGCAUAGAGCCAGAGCAAGGGAAAGAGAAGAAGCUGGUAAACGUAGCCGGAAAACUGCAUUUAGGUUGUAG